CCCAUUAUUAAAAUAAAGCCCACGAGUCUCCGCUCGUUUUCUUCUUCGUCUCCGUCUCUCCACCGCUGUCUCGAAACCCUAAUCCCUGCCUCCUCCCUCUCUCUCUCUCUCGCACGCCCGCACCGGCUUUCUGCGUAUCUCUGUUACUCAUUUGGCACGUUCCAGUAUGAGGAGGUACAGUCCCUACUAUAGCCCUCCAAGAAGGGGAUAUGGUGGAAGAGGAAGAAGUCCUCCUCCUAGAGGGAGGUAUGGCGGCCGAAAAGAAAGUAGUAGUGGAAGUCUCCUGGUCCGAAAUAUUCCUCUGGAUUGCAGGCAAGAAGAUCUUCGAAUUCCAUUUGAACGCUAUGGGCCUAUAAGGGAUGUGUAUCUGCCAAAGGACUAUUACACAGGAGAACCUCGUGGCUUUGGCUUUGUGCAGUUUGUGGAUCCUUUUGAUGCUUCAGAAGCACAAUAUCAUAUGAAUGGCCAAAUAUUUUGUGGACGUGAGUUAACAGUUGUUAUUGCUGCAGAGACUCGCAAACGACCUGAAGAAAUGAGAACCAGAGCACGAGUGAGAGGAGGUUCGGGAUAUGAUGGUCGGAGGCCAACUUAUUAUGGUCGAUCACGGUCUCGAUCUCGAUCACCAUCCCGAUCCCGCUCCCCUGUAAACCACUCAGGUUCUAGGGCUAGGUACCGAUCCAGGUCCUAUUCCCCUGCGCCGAGGAGGAGACCCGAGUACUCUGUGUCACCAGAAAGGAGACAAGUAAAGGGAUCAAGAUCCCCCCCAUAUGCCCGUCCUUUAGAUCGGGACGAUGAAUUAAACCAUCGCCGGAGGUCCUACUCGCCAAAGUAUGACAUGGACAACCGUAGCCCGGUUGGCAACGGCUAUGAAGGGUCCCCACGCGGUGCGGGACGUCAGGACUGGGAAUCUCCGAGACGCAUUUCUAGGUCGCCACCGGGCUCUCGGUCGAGAUCUGCAGACUUAUCUCCGAGGCCUAGCCGCCGCUGACAUAUCGCAGAAUACUCUAGUUAUUGGUCUGUGCGUCGGGCUCCUUUCUUUUAUUGUUUCAAGUGCAAGUGGAUACUUCGACCUAUGGAGGUGUAAAAGUUUUUGGGACUGACGUCUGUGAAGUGUGCGUUUUGUGAGCCAUAAAUAUAGUUGUGGACUCCCAUUAUGUGCGACAUGAUGCUUGUCUUAUAUUAAGAAGCACUUGCAAGAUGCUUUGACGCAUUAAAUAGAUCCUUGUUUGAUGCAUUAA